AGAUCAAGGUCCUUCAGUCCGAGAACAUUAUCCACAUAUUAAUAGCCUACCCUAAAGUUGAGUUUAGGUGCCAAAAGGUCUCCGUCUACCCCGUUUCACACCAACAAACCAUUCUGCGACUCGACGAGGACACGCUGGCGGAAUGCGAAAAGGACACCUUUACAGUUACUGGAUGCACCGUGACUACGCAUAACACCUUCUGCGAACGAGCACGGCGCGAAACCUGUGCUAGCUCCCUUCAUGCUGGAAACAUCGCCAACUGCCAUUCCCAACCCAGCCACCUGAAAGCAAUAACACCUGUAGAUUUCAAGGAGAAAGUGACUGCGGCGGGUUCACCCAAAUUCUGGUUCACGGUUGGUGCGGUCCUGAACGUCGGACUAAUUGGCUCAUUCGUCCUUUUCAUGGUGCUAAGGAGAAAGCGAGCCACAUUGAGGGUGCAGAGGGCUUUGGACAACUUUAAUAUGACCGAGGACGGUCAUCAUCCUGAGGGGGGGGGUAGUUAACAACUAAGCAUAUAAUAUGAACUCUCUCUGUCAUACAUUGUUGUUUCUAAGUACGCAGCAGGUAAUCAUAAGUAUUUGGUUGCCCUCAGCAAACAAUGCUGACGCGCUGCCAAGAAUUCUGCACACAGCAAGUGAAAACGGUCACCCGUGCUGUUUGCGCAAGAAUGUUGAGUCGGCAUGCCGACUCAGGGGUAUGGCGCGAUGCAUUGACUUCGUAGGGUAAGCUUAAGCAAAUACAUUUCUGUAAAUUCAGUCUCAGUUCAGAUCGCAUUCUAAUAAGACGAACGAUUAAAGCUCCGGCACUGCCGUAAAUAAAAUUCAGUGUGUUAUCAAUUAUAGUUGGGAAAGUCCCACAGCAUAAUUAUCAUUGAUCCCGUUUCGCUCGCCGGAUCCAUCACACAACAUAAUCAUCAUUGAUCCAGUUUCAAUCGCCGGAUCCACCGUUACCUCAUCAAAGGAAGAGGCCACUAUCGCCAGCUAAUUACCCACAUAGCGUCGCUGAUCAUCGAGAUAACGGCGGUAGACACAAUUACAUAGUUACCCACAUAGCGUCGUUGACCAUCGAGAUAACGGCGGUAGACCUAAUUUAUAUACGGUUUGUACAUGGCUGUUCGCUUGCUGUGCUCAGUUAUUGUCGUCUAUUGCUUGUGUUACUCUUUGCGAUCAUCUUCCCGCUAGAGACGUUGGUCUUUCUGCUAACGUUGCUGCUACCAAGGAACUUAAUGCUGAUUACGAAAUGACCAGUGAGCAAAACAGGGUGUCUUUUUUGAAGCUUAAGUCAACGGAAGUCGACGAGAAAAUGAAAAGGUUAGCUACCGCUGUGCAGAAUGAGUCGUCGGACUGUGACUACUACAUGCUCGUGGUAACGCAAGAGCAAGUCGAGAAGUUGAUCGGCAAAUUUGAGAUGUUUCACGGCAAGCUUGAGAAAUUGGAUCGAAGCGAAAUUCACAGUGCUUUGUGUGACAUUUUUGAGUCACUUGCAAGCUCGCUGAAGGCUGCGAUUAUGAGGGAAAUGGCUAAGAGUAGCGGCCGCAUGCCGUUUCAUUCUACCUUGGCUGGAGGAAACACUACGGUUGAUUUUGCCGGCUCGAAAUUUCUACCUCACCGUAGACAAGUACCAUCCCUGCCUCCUAUACAAUUGCUGACGUUUAGCGGCGGGUAUGCGAACUGGACGGACUUUUAUUCAAUGUUUGCCACCAUCAUGGACAGCCAUCCGGACUUAACAAACAUAGAAAAGCUCCAGCAUUUGCGUUCCUGUCUGCGGGAUUCGGCAUUGGAGACUGUUCGGUCGCUGGAAAUCUCAGAUGGCAAUUAUGCUGUGUCAUUAGAUUUGUUGGAAGACAGAUUCAAUAAUCGGCGAUUGGUUUUUCAGGCACACAUCAAUGAGAUCUUGGCGCUUCAGGCUGUGGAACCUGGGUCAGUGGUCAUGCUUCGGGAGCUUUCAGACAAGUUCAAUUCACAUAUGCGCGCACUCCAGGGUUUGGGCACCACUGAGCAGAUCGCAGGAUGCAUCAUCGUGCAGGAGCUUCUCCGAAAACUGGAUCCAGCGAGCCAAGAGAAGUGGGAGGAACGAUUCAACGACCCCGCAUUCGCCAACUUAAUUCCGUCGUGGCAAUCUAUGGCCUCGUUCUUGGAGCAGCGAUGCAGAUCAUUGGAGACGAUGGACUUUUCUAUGGCAAGCUAUGCGUUGAGCAAUCAGGUGGGCAGAAGUAGAAAACAUAAUAAUUCUAGGUCCACAGUGGUUACGACGAACCAAACCGUAGCACGCUGCGCGAGUGUGCAACGAUGGUGCUCACGAGGUCCAGCACUGUCAGAAGUUUAAAGCGCUGUCCCCCACAAAUCGCCAUAGAGAAGCCAAGCGGCUUUCGUUAUGUAUAAAUUGUCUCAGAACAGGGCAUCGAUUACUUCAGUGCACCUCGAGCAACUGUCGUACCUGCGGUGGUAGACACCAUACCCUCCUUCAUUUUGGUAGCCCUGAAGACACCGCAGUCCAAGGGAAAUCAGCGCCGUAUACUCCAUCUCAGUCUGCGCUGUCUGAGUCUACGCCGUCUGAGCAUACCAUUGAGCCCUCUACUUCAGCGGCUACCUCGUCUGCCCUUAUUGCCCAAGAUCUCAGGAAUGUUGUUCUACUUGCCACGGCCACGGUCUUAGUCAAAAAUCGUUCCGGAGUUUUAGUUCCCUGCCGAGCGUU